AAGAAAUGCUCUCAAUUGGUUGACAUUAGAAAAAUUUCAUCGAUGACCGAUUCACAAGCUGAUAAAACUGUCAGCAAUACUUCAAAACCAGCCCGCAAACCUGAAAUUUCUGACAAAACUUCUAAGUUGAAUAGAGAUGUUUUAAAUAAGCCUGUAUUAAAACAGAAAUUAAUAAAAAAUGAGAAGUUUAGUGUAUAUCCAAUGAACAAUAUUAGUGAUAAUAGUUUAAGUGCCAAAGAUAAUUUAAUGCAUAGUGAAAAUAAUAAAUCUAAUAUAUUAUUAGCAUGUAGUGAUAAUAGUGUUAUUGUUAAUAGUUCUGUUAAUCCUGAUGAAACCGGAGGAUUAACUUGCAUUUCUCCAAGUGGUCAAAGUCCUACCUAUGCUGAAGACAAUAUUGAUAAUAAAACAGUUAAACAAACUAAAAGAAAGCUAAACUUGCAAGAGUAUAUGAUGCGAAAAAAAUGUGGAGGUGGAAAAGAGGAUAAUAAUGAGACGACUGCCAGUAAUUCAAGCACUCCUAAUAAUAGGAUAAAUAGUUCUGCUAAUGAAAUCACUGCCUUGAAUACGAACACUGCCUUGACAUCGAGUCCUCCCAAAGUCAAUGAUUCGAGUGUGAAUCAACCAGAACAACAUGAAAAUGUUUCAAAACAAGUGCUGAUUCCAAAAGCUUCUUCACCUGCUGUAUCAAAUUUGAUGUUGACUCCAAGAACCGAAACAAAUGCUUGUAACAUGAAUAAAGGAGUAGGAAUUUCUCCAACAAUUAAUCCUAAUUCAAAUGGUUGUAACAUGAAUAAAGGCAUAGGAAAUACUCCAACAAUUAAUCCUAACUCAAAUGGUUGUAAUAUGAAUAAAGGAGUAGGAAUUACUCCAACAACUAAUCCUAAUUCAAAUGGUUGUAACAUGAAUAAAGGAGUAGGAAUUACUCCAACAAUUAUUCCUAAUUCAAAUGGUUGUAAUAUGAAUAAAGGUGCAUGCAAUACUCCAACAACUAAUCCUAUUUCCAAAAUCUCUCCUUCGAACUCAAAACCCAAGGUAUUUGAUCCAAUUGGAGAUGCAUCUAGAAAAGCAAUGAUGCUGAAGAAAUGUAAUCGUAAAGAAAAAGACAUCGAACGCAUGAUUCCUGUUAUACCUCCAAGUGCCAUAGUACCUCUAGAAGAAAUGAUCAAACAAAAAGAUGAAACGAAACAAGUCCCAGACCUUCCUAGGAGAUGCAAUCCAGAAUAUGAAGAAAUUGUUUUAGUGUCAAUAGGAGUGAACACUGCAAUAAGUAAAAAACCAAGUUUUUCGCCUGCAGUGUUGCCAGAGAGCAGCAAGUUAUCCUUCGUUUUGGCGAAGAAGUCGGUGUUGCCUGAUAAUGUUUUCGAGCGUGCACCGCACGACAAAAGCAAAUUAAAAGUUUUAGUUGACAUAAAUGACAGAAUUUUGAAAGGUGCGUCCAAAAAGGAAGCAAAGAUCACAAGCAAUUCGUUAUUAUCCAGUAUACAAGACGCUUUGCUAAGGACACAAUCGCCGCAGACGGAUAAAAAUAACGUUGUCAGUGACAAAACUAAUGACAAAACUGAUCAGAAAGAAGUUUGUGAAAAUAUUGAACAAGUCGCGAAAGUCGAACACGGAGAAGAUAAAGUAAUAAUGCAUCUCAGAAAGGAUAGGUUACGAAGCAAAACCUGCAAUGUUGCUUGCCAAAUAGACCUGGAUUCGAGUUUCAAGCCUUUAGAGACACUAAAAUCUCCUCUCAUUGUGAAAGAAAUGACGGAUAAGUGCAAAAAGCCGAAUGAUCCAAGCAAACGCGUUAGGCCUCGAAGCAGAAGCCGAAGCAGGAGCCCCAGCAAACGUAGAAAACCCGAAAAACGACGCUCAAGAAGUAGAUCUCCUGAAGAUAGACAAAAAAGGCGUAAAGACAGACAAGGGCGACACAGGUCUCGUUCUAGGCACAGAUCGAGGUCUAAAAAUAGAUCAUUGUCAAGAAAUAGAUCCAGAUCUAGGAACAGGUCCAGGUCCAGAAACAGGUCUAGGUCUAGGAAUAGAUCACGAUCACCGAAUAAUAGGAGGUAUAGAAAUUCUCGCUGUUCUACAUCGUCAACGACUUCAAGGUCUUCAAGUGGAGGAAACUCCAGAAGAUCUAAAUCUAUUGAUAGGUCUUUAUCCAGGUCCCGUUCCAAAACUCGAUCAAGAUCACGAUCUAGAAAUAGAAAUUUCAGAAGACAAAGGAAAAGCAGAGGUUCUUCGAAAAACAAUACGAAUAAUGAAAGGCGCGUAGUUUUCGUUGGUCACCUGGAGUCUUCUUUGACCAAAUAUGACCUCAAGCAACUCUUCCUUAAAUAUGGGACAGUAACAAAUGUAUCAAUUCAUACUAAGGAUAAUGGUAUGCGCUAUGGUUUCGUGACUUUUACAACGGCUAGUAGUGCCUAUGAUGCUGUCGAGAGAGCCUCCAGAGACCCUCGAUUAGCAGACUACAAUGUAGCAUUUGGAGGACGACGUCAGUUCUGCGAUUCUAGUUACGCGGAUUUAGAUGGUGUAGCUGUGCUGAGCUACCAGAACGACGAAUUCAGGAAAAUGGUACCCGGAAGUACGUUGGUAUCAAGUAGUCCAAUAUGCGGAACUGGUGGAAGUAUCGGAUCUGCUCCAUCCGGAAGCGGAGACUCCUUCGAAGCUUUACUCGCGGAAAUGAAACAGAAACUUGCUAGGACGAAGAAGGAUUCCUGUCCUAAAAACAGUAAAUAAAAAUAAGAUUUACUAGACAUAUAAAUAUUGAUUUUUUUUGUCCAGCUAAUAGGUUUCUUGAUUUUUGUGUUCAUACUUAUUUAGUAGUUUAUAAUUAUUGUUAGUGCAUUUUAUACCAGCUCUUGAGGCAGUUACAUUAGAAUAUUAAUAGCUACAUGGAUAAAAUGUAUUACUUUACAAUUAUCAUUAUUAUUUGAAUGUUUAAAGUGUUUUAUUUAUUUUAAUAUGUUACAAAAAUCAACUUACUAUUAGCUGGAUAAGAGAAAUAUUUAUACACAUAUAUAU